ACAUCACAGCUGAUUAUGACGUUCAUUUCCUAAACAAAUCUUUAAAAAAAAAAGUCGUAAAAACAAGCAGAGACUCCGUUUUUAAGGCACUAAUGAAUUUAUGGAAAUUUUAAACCAGUUUAAUACGGUGUGCAAAAACAUGGCUUCCGCAGUUUCCAACAGUAUCAAGGACAGACGCAAUAGGGUUCUUUUGGGGCCUCUGCCCGACGAUUUCCUCAGAAUUAAUAUUUCGCCCCAGGAACAACAAGAGGCCGCUGACAGACAAACAGCUCUUGCUUUACAACAACAAUAUACAGUCGGUAUGGGUCAUGUUCCCAACCCGGCAGGUCGCUUAAGCAUCACUAUUGUCCAAGCAAAAUUGGCCAAAAACUAUGGAAUGACUCGAAUGGACCCUUAUUGCAGAAUUAGGGUGGGGCAUAAUAUUUACGAGACCCCAACUGACUCUAAUGGUGGGAAGAAUCCUAGAUGGAACAAGGUCAUUUAUUGCUUAAUACCACAAGGGAUAAACACGAUGAAUAUAGAGAUUUUCGAUGAAAGAUCAUUUACUAUGGACGAAUUGAUUGCCUGGACCCAAAUUUCUAUUCCACAAAAAGUCCUUGCAGGAGAAACACAUGAGGAUUGGUAUGCACUGAGCGGCAAACAAGGAGAAGGAGUCGAAGGCAUGAUUAAUCUGGUUUUAAGUUAUAAUGCAAGUGGUUACCAACCCGCAUCUUACCCAGUAAUGAUUGUACCAAGAGUAGACUCUACCGGAGUGAAACCUCUGCAAGUCUACGCUGCUCCCCCACAUGCUGGAGAGCCACAACCUUCUCCUCAAACCAAUCAGGCUGGUUUAGUCUUGAUUGAAGAAAUGUUUCCCAACAUAGACAAGGAAGUAGUUAAAACUGUGUUUGAAGCCAACAGGGGCAACAAGGAUAAAACCAUACAUUCUUUGUUGCAAAUGUCUGGAGAAGACUGCGAGUGAAGCGGGUUUAAUCGAAUUAACUUACUUCCAUAAAUGAUUUUAUCAAUUUAUUAAUUGUUAGUUUUUAUUAAUGAUUAUAAUUUUAACUGUAAUCUAUAUUAUGAGGCUUUAAUAGGCUUAGAAUAGGUAAUUAUAUAUGUUAAGCUUUUCCAAAAUUUCAAGGUGUUAUAUGAUGCAUUUGGUAAGCCAUAUUAAGUAUUACACUGAAAUAAAAUAUUAUUAUUAUAUGA